GCAGGUUCUCUCCCCCCCAACGCACACAUUCGCUCUUACAAACCCAGGGUUCGCGCUUCAGUCUGCGAACUGCCUAACCUCCCGAGAAAGAAAAGAGAGAGAGAGAGAGACAGAGAGAAAGAGAGGGGGGGAAAGAAACCCCUAUGGAAAAGGCGCAAAAAACAGCGGACGUUUCUCUCUUGCGCCUCUCCUCUCCCUUUCUUCUUAUGAGUUUUUGACGUGUUUUUUUGGGGGGGGUUCAGGGGAAGCUCGGAGCGCAAAGACUGAGCCAUGACUCUGAGCUCGGAGAUGUCGGAUGCCUCCCUCCUUUCGGAAGAGACCGACAUCGACGUGGUCGGCGAGGGCGAGGACGGCGACGGCCACACGCGCUCCUACGUGGACGAGGUGGCGCAGAUGCGGGACGGCAUCCUCCUGGCCGGCUCUCCUCCUCCUCCUCCGUGCCUACAGGACGGCUCCACCUCCACCACUUCCUCCUCCAGGGAUGCCUUCAAGCCGGCGGGGAAGAACGCCCUGGUGAAGCCCCCUUACUCCUACAUCGCCUUAAUCACCAUGGCCAUCCUGCAGAGCCCCAAGAAGAGGCUGACGCUCAGCGAGAUCUGCGACUUCAUCAGCAACCGCUUCCCGUACUACAGGGAGAAGUUCCCGGCGUGGCAGAACUCCAUUCGGCACAACUUGUCUCUGAACGACUGCUUCGUGAAGAUCCCACGCGAGCCCGGGAACCCCGGGAAGGGCAACUACUGGACGCUGGACCCGGAGUCGGCAGACAUGUUCGACAACGGGAGCUUUCUGAGGCGGAGGAAGCGCUUCAAGCGGCAGCAAACGCAGGACCUGAUGCGGGAGCCCAACGGCUUCAUCCCCGCGGCGGCGGCGGCGGCAGCGGCGGCCGCGUACGGGUACGGACCAUACGGCUGCGGAGGCUACGGCAUCCAGCUGCAGUCCUACCACACGCACUCCGCGCUGUUCGCCUUCCAGCAGCAGCAGCAGCAGCCCAGACAUUCCCACACGCACAUCCCGUCGCCUUCGCUGAUGCCCACCAGCACGGACCUUUCCCGGAGCAGAUUUUACCCGCAGCUCGGGUCCGCUCUGGGCUCCGCGUCCCCGACGCAGAAAGCGAGCCCCCCGGCGCAGCAGCAGCCGCAGCCGCAGCAGCAGCAGCAGCAGCAGCAGCGUUCUCCCUUCUCCAUAGAGAGCAUCAUCGGCGGGUCGCUGAGCCCCGCCAGGACUCCUCCUGUCAUUGUCCCGGUUUUACCGACCUCCCUGGCGCUCCCCGGCCAGCCGCAGUCCGUCCACCCGGAGGCCGUUUUAGUCGAAAACUUCCCGAACAGAAUUAUCGGCGGCACUAGCGCCUGUUGAAAAAAAAAAUCUUAAAACUGCAACAACGAAAAAAAAAAAAACAACAACAAACAAACAA